GCCACUACUUGCGUCCUAUCAGCUCUCAGUGAUAGGCAGAGAAGCGGGGGGCGGGCAUACACUAGUUGCGUCUCCUGCAGUAGGCAGCGCGCUAUUGGCUGGCGGCGAGAGAGAGGCCUGGAGAGCAGGGAAGUGCUUACGGCGGGAUCAUCACCGUGUAAUAGUCGCUAGGCCAGCUACGGAAACCCCCCCGCUACGGCUGUCACACACACGAAGCUGGACAGCGGUACAAGAAUUUUGACGUUUCAGAAAAAUAUUACUUGUAGUUUCCAAGAUGUCUAAAAUAGAGAAAAUGAGCAUUCUUGGUGUGCGGAGUUUUGGAGUGGAAGACAAGGACAAACAAGUCAUAAAUUUUCUCAGUCCACUUACAGUUUUGGUGGGACCAAAUGGUGCAGGGAAAACUACCAUAAUUGAGUGUCUCAAGUAUAUUACAACUGGGGAUUUUCCACCUGGAACGAAAGGUGGAUCAUUUGUGCAUGAUCCAAAGAUUGCUCAUGAGACGGAUGUUCGAGCCCAGAUCCGUUUGCAGCUGCGCGAUGUCAAUGGUGAGAUUGUGGCUGUUCAGAGGUCCAUGGUGUGCACUCAGAAAGGGAAAAAAACUGAAUUUAAAACAUUGGAAGGUGUGAUUACCAGAAUGAAGCAUGGAGAAAAAGUCAGCUUGAGCACAAAGUGUGCAGAAAUGGACAAAGAGCUGAUCAGCUGCUUGGGAGUAUCCCCCGCUGUACUCAACAACGUCAUCUUUUGCCACCAGGAGGACUCUAACUGGCCUCUGAGCGAGGGGAGGCAGCUAAAGAUAAAAUUUGAUGAAAUCUUCUCAGCAACCAGGUAUAUUAAAGCCUUGGAAACUUUGCGACAAGUAAGACUGAAACAAGGCCAGCGCGUAAAAGAGUGUCAAGCAGAACUUAAGUAUCUGAAACAGAACAAAGAAAAAGCCCGGGAAAUCAAAGACAACCUCCAGGGUAAAGAAGCACAGUUAGCAGCUUCCAGAGAAAAUGUGAAGAGUAUCGAUAGCAAACUUGAGCCUCUCAAAAAUCGUCUUGCUGAGGUUCAGAAGAACCGCUCUAAAGUAGCCAAGUUUGACCAUGACAUUGAAUCUUUGGAAAGCAGAGAAAAAACAAUGGAAAAAGAUAAUCAAGACUUAGAAGAGAAGAUGGAGAAGGUUUUCCAAGGGACUGAUGGUGAGCUAAAUGAGAUGUACCAUAACCACCAAAGGACUGUGAGAGAGAAGGAGAGGAAGCUGAAUGAACACCAGCGUGAAAUAGAUCGAGCAAUUAAAGAGAGCCAAAGACUGAACCGAGAAAAGGGGGAACUGCUGGUUCAGCAAGGACGGCUGCAAACGGAAGCUGACCAGCACCAGCAACGCAUUAAAACACGCGAUUCUCUAAUAAAGACCAUGGCAGUGCAGCUGGAACUUGAUGGGUUUGACCAUACUCCAUUUAAUCGGCGACAGACGGAUAGCUUUCAGAGACUGGUAAAGGAAAGGCAAGAUAAAGAUGAAGCAGAUAUAAAUCAAAUUCUGAAAGAGUUUUCAGAUAAAGAGAUAAUGAAACAGAGACAAAUAGAUGAAAUACGGGACAAGAAGACCGGCUUGGAAAGAACCAUUGAGUUGAAGUCUGGUAUGCAGAGUAAAAAGCAAGCAGACCUGAGGAAUGUGAAGUCAGAACUGCAGCAACUGGAGGGUUCCUCAGAUCGGUUGCAUGAACUUGAUGAAGAACUCUCAAAGACGGAACGUGAAUUGGAGAGCGUGGAAAGGAGCUGCAAUGUGGAAGCUUUGAAAACUGAAGUUGGGCAGCUCCAUAACCAGAAGUUGGAGUUAGACAGAACAGUGCGUAAGCUGGAUCAAGAAAUGGAACAAUUAAAUGCACACACAAUGACACGCACGCAGAUGGACAUGCUGAAGAAAGACAAGGCUGAAAAAGAUGAUCAAAUUCGAAAGAUAAAAUCCAGACAUAAUGAUGAGCUAACGUCUUUGUUGGGAUAUUUUCCAAACAAGAAGCAGCUUGAAGACUGGCUCUAUGCAAAACAGAAAGAUAUCAAUUUGACUCGGGAAAAAUUGGCUAAGUUGAACAAGGAAUUGGCUUCAGCUGAACAGAAUAAAAACCACAUGAGCAAUGAGCUGCGGAAAAAAGAGGAGCAGUGCUCAUCAUAUGAGGAAAAGGUGUUUGAUGUGUGUGGUAGCCAAGACUUCGACAGCGACCUGACGCGUCUGCAGGACGAUAUAGAAAAGACAUCUAAACAACGAGCAAUGCUGGCAGGAGCAACAGCAGUAUACACUCAGUUCAUCACCCAGCUAACCGAGGAUAACCAGCCCUGCUGUCCAGUCUGUCAGAGGAUAUUUCCUUCAGAGGCUGAGCUGCAGGAUGUAAUUAAUGACAUGCAAUCCAAGCUGCGACUAGUUCCAGAUAAACUCAAGUCUACUGAAAGUGAAUUAAAGAGAAGAGAGAAAAGAAGGGAUGACAUGAUGGAGCUGAAACCAAUGAGACAAAUGCUGAUUGAACUUAAAGAAAAGGACACCCCGGAACUGAGAAACAAGCUCAUAUUUAUAAACCGGGAAAUACAGCGCCUGAAAAAUGAUGUUGAAGAACAGGAAACUCUGAUAGCAACGUUUAUGUCUGAAGAGGAAAGCGCCAAGGCCUGUUUGCAGGAUAUUUCCCUCAUGGAAAGGUACCAGACGGAAUUGAGAGAUGUAGAAAGAAAGAUAGCGCAGUUUGCCACUAAACUGCAAGGAGUAGACCUCAACCGCACUGUCCAGCAGGUGAACCAGGAGAAGCAGGAAAAGCAGCACAGCCUAGAUAAUGUUUCUGGUAAAAUUGAGCUGAUCCGCAAGCGGAUACAGGACCAGCAAGAACAAGUCCAGCAACUGAAGAGUGCAGCCAAUGAGCUAAGAGCAGAGAAGCUUCAUAUUUCUAGUAACCUCCAGCGUCGUCAGCAGCUAGAAGAGCAGAAUGUGGAGCUGACAACUGAGUUACAGUGCCUGACGAGAGAGAUCAAAGAAUCCAGAGAGCAAUUGUUCCCAUUGGAAUCCACCCUAGAAAAGCUUCAGCUGGAGAAACGGGAAAUUCUGGAGAGAAAGGACUAUAGCUACAGAGCAGCACAAGAAAGGCUAAAUGACAUUAAAGAAAAAGUGAAAAAAAUCAGCUUGUUUGUAAAAGAUAUUGAAAGUUAUAUACAUAAUGGAAAAGAAGAAUUCAAAGAGCAAAAGGAAACUGAACUACAGGAAUUAAUUACACGUCUUAACGACUGUGAAAAACAGAAAGAAAAAAUUAAUAAAGAGAUGAUUACUAUUAGACAGGAUAUUGACACACAGAAAAUACAGGAACGAUGUCUCCAGGACAACUUAACCCUUAGAAAACGAAAAGAGGAGCUUAAGAAAGUUAAAGAGGAAAGAGAACAACUAUUAAAGGAAAGGGGACAGAUGAAAGUUGUGCAGCUGAGAGAAGAGCAGCAUGAGUUGGAAAAGCAGAUUGAAGCACUAAAAACAAACCAGAGCCUGGCACUUGGUCGGCAGAAGGGGUUUGAGGAUGAAAUAAUUCGUUUUAAGAAGGAGCUACGUGAACCUCAGUACAAAGAUGCUGAAGAGAAACACAAGGAGAUGAUGAUCAUUAUGAGGACUACAGAACUGGCCAACAAAGACUUGGAUAUCUAUUAUAAGACUCUGGACCAAGCUAUAAUGAAGUUCCAUAGCAUGAAAAUGGAAGAGAUCAAUAAAAUUAUUCGUGAUCUUUGGCGCAGCACCUACAGAGGACAAGACAUCGAGUACAUUGAAAUCAGAUCAGAUGCUGAUGAAAGUGUGUCGGCUACAGAUAAAAGAAGAUCGUACAACUAUAGGGUAGUGAUGAUAAGAGGAGAUACUGCGCUGGACAUGAGAGGGCGCUGCAGUGCAGGGCAAAAGGUUUUGGCCUCUCUCAUUAUUCGUCUGGCCCUGGCAGAGACUUUCUGUUUGAACUGUGGAAUACUAGCCCUGGACGAGCCUACCACCAAUUUGGAUCGUGAAAAUAUAGAAUCUCUUGCCCACGCAUUGGUUGAGAUCAUUAAAAGCCGUUCCAGGCAACGAAAUUUCCAACUUCUUGUAAUUACACACGAUGAGGACUUUGUAGAGCUACUGGGACGCUCCGAAUACGUGGAACAUUUCUAUAGGAUUAAAAAGAACAUGGACCAGUGUUCUGAGAUCAUUAAAUGCAGUGUCACCUCGCUGGGAUAUUCUGGUGUUUAGAAAAGGUUCUAUGGAUUCCUAAGAUGGAAAAUACUGUACAAGAUUGUACCAUUAGUUUACUCACCACUUAUCCAAAAACAAAGUAUCCAUCUAGGACAGGCAUUCCCAACCACAGUCUUCAAGGCACACUAACAGUGCAGGCUUUAGUGAUAUCCAGGAUUCAGCACAGGUCACUUAAUUAGUAGCUCAGUUAUUUUGAUGUAACCAUCUGUGUUGCAGCCUGGAUAUCACUAAAACCUGCCCUGUUGGUGUGCCUUGAGGACCAUGGUUGGGAAUGCCUGAUCUAGGACAUCAUAACUCAAUAUGUGCCUCACUUACUGUGUUCUCUUCUGUAACUAUAGUACCAACCAAUAAGUUAUUAAAGAGGCAGUGAUCCAUGUUCACUCAAA